UCGACUGUGAGGGCUUAUAUUCUGGUUAAAUUGCUCUGUGCCGCAACAGUGGAAUUUAUUAAAUACGCAGUGUUCCUGCCGCCCUCUUUUAACUUUUGGAGAAAAACUAGAAAAGGAAGGGAAAGCCCAUGAUGAGCAGAGCAACUAAGCCACUGGACUGCCAAGUUCCAAAUCCAAGGAUGAAAGAUUCCUUCCUCUUGUUGCCGCAAAGCCUCAAUAAUCAACCCUUGCUUAGUUCAGCAAAUAUUCCUUCCUUUUUCAUUUUUUAUGAUUGUAUGCAUGUGAGAAUUUAUGCACAGACAAAGCAGGACAAGCCUUCCCCCAGAAAGAGUGUUGGGCUCUUUCAUUUCCAUUCUGGACAUCUCAGUUGCAGAUUUGCGAAAUGGAGCCAUUUCUGGUUGAAGUAGGAGAAAGAGUUUCUGUAGCUGAGAAAGAAAUUGAAGAACUUGGUAAAGAUUAUAGGGUGCAGAGAUGGAUCGAGGAGACUUGAAUGAUAUAGAAAACGAAGGACUGCUUCUGGAUGGGAGGGACCUGGAGAGGAACCGCUCGGACAUGUCGGAGAAAGGUACUGUCAUCAGGGAGCCACUCCUUAAGAGAAGGAUAAACACUACCUCCCAGUUAGCCAUCGUUGGUGCUAACGUCUGCCCAAUCGAGAGCCUUGAUUACGAGAUUGUUGAAAAUGAUCUAUUCAAGCAGGAUUGGAGGUCAAGGAAAAAGGUUCAGAUAUUUCAGUACAUCGUCCUCAAGUGGACUUUUGCACUUCUUAUAGGGUUAGCUACUGGGGUGGUUGGCUUCUUUAACAACAUUGCAGUCGAGAACAUAGCAGGUUUCAAGUUGCUGCUCACUAGCAAUCUGUUGCUCGAUAAGAAGUAUGUCAGGGCAUUUUUAACAUUUGCUGGUUGCAAUGUAGUUUUGGCAACUUUGGCUGCAGCCCUUUGUGCAUUCAUUGCCCCCGCAGCAGCUGGGUCUGGCAUACCUGAAGUGAAAGCCUAUCUUAAUGGUGUUGAUGCUUAUUCCAUUUUGGCUCCAAGUACUCUCUUUGUGAAGAUAUUUGGUUCCAUUUUUGGAGUCUCUGCUGGAUUUGUUUUAGGUAAGGAGGGACCUAUGGUACAUACAGGAGCUUGCAUAGCCUCUUUACUUGGGCAAGGUGGGUCUCGCAAGUAUCACUUGACUUGGAGAGGAUUCCGAUACUUUAAAAAUGACCGGGACCGUAGGGACUUGAUCACUUGUGGUGCUGCUGCUGGAGUUGCUGCUGCUUUUCGUGCCCCGGUUGGUGGAGUUCUAUUUGCCCUUGAAGAAGCAGCUUCGUGGUGGAGGAGUGCUCUUCUUUGGAGAACAUUUUUCACUACUGCCGUAGUGGCUGUAGUGUUGAGAGGUUUUAUAGACUUUUGCCGGAGUGGAAAUUGUGGUCUUUUUGGGAAAGGAGGACUCAUCAUGUUUGAUGUCAGUUCAGCCAAAGCCACGUAUAACACCGUAGACCUAUUAGCAGUAAUAAUCCUCGGAAUCUUUGGGGGGAUUUUCGGAAGCCUCUACAACUAUCUCGUGGACAAGGUUUUGCGUACUUACAGCAUCAUCAAUGAGAAAGGCACGGUAUUUAAGGUGAUCCUUGUCAUUGCCAUCUCCCUCCUGACCUCAUGCUGUUCAUUCGGCCUUCCUUGGUUGGCAAAGUGCACACCUUGCCCUGAUGACUUGCAAGAGGUAUGCCCCACCAUAGGUCGCUCUGGCAACUUCAAGAGCUUCCAGUGCCUGGAAGGCCAUUACAAUGACCUUGCCUCCCUCUUCCUCAACACCAAUGAUGAUGCAAUACGUAACCUAUUUAGCUCCGGCACUGAAAAUGAAUUUAAAAUAUCCACCCUAUUGAUUUUCUUUGCUGCUGUUUAUUGCCUCGGCAUUAUCACGUAUGGAAUUGCUGUCCCCUCUGGACUCUUCAUCCCAGUCAUACUCGCUGGAGCCACCUACGGACGCUUGAUUGGCACUCUCCUUGGGUCCAUCUCUGACCUCGAUGUUGGUCUAUUUGCUCUCCUGGGAUCUGCCUCCUUCCUUGGUGGCACCAUGAGGAUGACAGUGUCUCUUUGUGUCAUAUUGCUUGAGCUCACCAAUGAUCUCCUAAUGCUUCCCUUCGUGAUGGUAGUCCUACUUAUCUCAAAAACUGUAGCAGAUUGCUUUAACAGGGGUGUUUAUGACCAAAUAGUGAAAAUGAAAGGCUUUCCUUUCAUGGAAGCCCAUUCUGAACCUUACAUGAGGCAUUUAGUCGCUGGGGACGUUGUAUCAGGUCCAUUAAUCUCAUUUGCUGGGGUGGAGAAGGUGGGCAAUAUUAUGCAUGCUUUGAAAAUGACAGGACACAACGGUUUUCCGGUGAUUGAUGAGCCACCCUUCUCAGAUGCACCAGAAUUGGUUGGUCUUGUGCUGAGGUCCCAUUUGCUUGUGUUACUCAAGGGGAAAAUGUUCUCGCGAGAGAGGGUGUUGAUUGAGAAUGGGAUAUCACGGAAGUUUGAUGCAUUUGAUUUUGCCAAGGGUGGAGCAGGGAAGGGGGUAAAGCUUGAGGACCUGGACCUUCAGGAGGAGGAUAUGGAGCUGUACGUUGAUCUCCAUCCAAUCACUAAUACAUCUCCGUACACAGUUGUGGAGACAAUGUCUCUAGCCAAAGCUGCACUGCUCUUUAGGCAGCUUGGCCUAAGGCAUAUGUGUGUGGUACCAAAAACCACAGAUAGACCACCGAUCGUUGGUAUCCUAACACGGCAUGACUUUAUGCCAGAGCAUGUAUUAGGUCUCUACCCUCACUUCAAAUCCACAAGGGGAAGGAAGUAACUUGUAGGUUUUAUUGCUAUGAUGUUAUCUUGACUAUCAUUUUUGUCUUCAUUGUUAUUAGUGAUACAUUUUUUUGUUAUGGGAUGUCUUGGGCAUUUUAGAGUUAGAGAAAACUUUCAAUGAAGGUUCAUUGAGUCAAGUUUAGCAACAAAUCUGUUUGAAGUUCAUUUUUCCCCAUAUGUAAAUAGGCUCUCCCUCCCCUGCCCCCCUUUUCUUUUCUUUUUCUUUUUCUUAUUUUUGGGGGGUGGGGGUGGUUGGUAGUGAAUCUCAGAUAUAUAACCAAAUUCCGUUAUGCCUUUUGAGAGGUUAUUGUUACCAUUUGUUUUGUGAUCAAAAUAAAGCAGAUUGGCAAGUUGAAAGGGA